GUACCGAGGCCGGCGAGCGAGUGGCCCGCGCAGCAGCCCGCGGAAGGGGCCAUGGAGAAGUUGCGGCGGGUCCUGAGUGGCCAGGACGACGAGGAGCAGGGCCUGACUUCGCAGGUCCUGGACGCGUCAUCCCUCAGUUUCAACACCAGGCUGAAGUGGUUCGCCAUAUGCUUUGUGGCCGGCGUUUUCUUUUCCAUCCUCGGAACUGGAUUGCUGUGGCUUGACAUAAAACUGUUUGCAGUGUUUUAUACUCUUGGAAAUCUUGCUGCAUUAGCCAGUACGUGCUUUUUAAUGGGACCCAUGAAGCAGCUGAAGAAAAUGUUUGAAACAACAAGAUUGCCUGCAACAGUUAUUAUGCUUCUGUGCUUUGUGCUCACCCUGUGUGCCGCUCUGUGGUGGAAGAAAAAGGUGCUGGCCUUGUUAUUCUGCAUAUUACAGUUCCUGUCAAUGACCUGGUACAGUCUGUCGUACAUUCCCUAUGCAAGGGACGCAGUAAUCAAGUGCUGCUCUUCUCUCCUGAGCUGAGGGUCCCGAAGGGCUCAUGGAAAGGAGCAUUGGGGUACCGCUGGUCUGUCUGUGGAGUCAGCUGCUCCUUGUGGAACCAUCACUCCAGAGGUGGCCGCAGUGACAUCUCAGACCGUGUCACAUGUUGGUAAAGCCACACUUGAUUCAGCUAAUAACGCUUGUAGCCUUAGAUUUGUCAUGUGACAUUAAUCUGUUUCCAAAGAUAAGGAGAUUUGUAAUCAUUGCCAGUUGUAAGUAAUUUUACCCAGUUGUUUAAUCUUUUCAAAACAGCUUUCGAAAUGUAAAUAUUUAAGGGUAAAUCUGUGUUGUGAGAUACAUUCAGCUUAUUUGCUUUUUUUUAAAUGUCUGCAUUUUUAGAGUAUCUUUUUUUUAACUUUUA